AUGCAGCGGCCAACCUGGGAGACGUCUGCGCCGUUCACUUCAGGCAGUUACAGAUGGAACCAGCAGCAACAAGUGAGACGCGGAGGUUCUAGGCGCCCUCGAGGGGCCUCAAGUGGGCGCCCUGCUGACGGCUUCAGAGGCUCCCAGUCAUUCGCAUCAUCCACAGAGCUUCUUCCUAUCCCUCCGAGGGCUCUAGACGACCCAUGGGAGGCUUUACACUCUAAGUACGGAGGCAUCCAGCCCCUGGACGCCCCAACGGAAGAGGUCCAAAGGGAACUGCAGGCGGAGGUCGCGCGGCAAGUUCGCCUGCAACAGAUCUUAGGACUGAGAGAGAAUCUUCCAGGAAACGGGUUUAACGGAGCAGAAACUGUACAUGCGCAAGCUACGUGCCUACCACAGCCGUCGGGGUCGCCCCUAGUACCAGUCGGCGUGACCGAGUAUCUGGCAACGACACAAGAAAAACGGCAGAGUGACCCAAAUGACGUAGAGGGUUGCAAGAGUCCUAGCGAGCGCCCAUCUGUCCCACCACAAGAUUCGCAUAGCACGGAGGCCACUUCCUCAGUAGCGCGCAAUCGCCCAUUGGUUUUGCCCCCGCCUCAAUUUGGCCCGAAGGAGGCUGAAGAGGGGGCCGCGGCUUCACCAGUGAGCAGCACGGAUUUUCUCGUAGGGACGGGAAAUGAUGAUCAUAGUAUCCGCGCAGGGCGGAGCACGGAUGAGCCCAAGCGGGGCAUGUGCCUCCCCGCAGUCACGAUGAAUCUCGCCGGGGCUCUUCAAGGCUCACAAGCCCUUUGCCUGGACGAGGAGGGCAUUUUGAAAAAGCUUCGACGCGAUGUUUGA